AUGCAGGUUUUGGAGAAAUUAGAGUUUAUGUUCUCAAUGGUGUUUGCUGACUGUCUGUAUCCGGAUGGGGAAGGUGCCAAGAAGCUUCAAGCAGAAUGUUCACAUAGGGUAGUCAUCGUAGCAUCUGACGAAUCAGUUGCCAUGGCAAAGCAGAAAGUAGAAGAAACGUUAAGAAAUAGGACACAUGGUCUGUGGGCAGUUGUCUACAAUGCCAGUAUAUUUGUAUGCGGCGAUAUCGAGUUUUCGCCAAUUGAAAUAUUCAAACGAUUAGUAGAAGUGAAUUUAUAUGACACGGUGCGUGUUGCCAAGGCGUGUUUACGGCAUAUAAGAAGGAACAAAGGUACGGUAUGUGAUAUUGAACCCGGUCAAUAUUCCAGGGCUACGCAAGUCGGAAUGAAUAGAUGGAGCGAAUUCAAAGAGAUUGCGUACAAACUUCAACAGUUUGGAACAACACCGAUGAUAGCGUCCCGGGAUAGCGUAAAGAAAGAUUACGGGAAAGACCUCAUCGACAGCCACGUAGACAAUUAG